ACUAGAGAGAGGGGGAGGGGACAGCUAUUCCUCCUGUGGGUGUACGAGCUUGCUGAGGUCUGAGGAGAACAACAUGGAGGAGCUUCACACACGCUGAGACGAGACGGAGGAGGGGACAACAAACAGACAUGACUAGCGGACACCACACCUCCCACUGACCCUCAUCAACACACUGGGCUUCAGCAAUAGAACCGAGAUGGCAUCCAUCCUUGUGCUCCUCGCUGUCAUUUCCACGGCGACGGCCGUCGUCAACGGCGAUGGCGCCGUGAACCAGCGGUACACUCCGGACGUCAUGAAGGCGGCGGAGUUCGCCAUCGGGUUCCACAACCGCAUGAGCAACUACCCGUACGCUUACAAGGUCAUCUCCGUGCUCUCCGACAACUCUCAGAUAUACCCCCCUGCCCGUGUGAAGUACACCAUGACAGUGAAGGUGGGCGAGACAACGUGCAAGAACACCGACAAAGUCAACCUGGCCGACUGUAGGCUCCAGACCUCAUCUGAUGCCAAGGCCAUGAUCUGCCAGUUUGUGGUCCUCGCGGUGCCCAAUGCCUCUUUCCCCACCAACAGCUACCUGCUCUCCAACAAGUGCAACUGAUCCCCGUGACACACACACGCCACCCCCACACACACACCCUUACACACCCCCAAACACUGUAGGACCCUCAUCUCAGUAACUCAUUUUGUGUCCGUCCAACAUUAGGAUCUAGCCUAUUAUUUUGAAGUCUUAAUCAUGUCAGUUUCACAAGCAAAUGUCAUUUUGAAUCAAAACUUUUUAGUAGAUAGGCUAUUCUAGUUUAAUUGGUGUCGUGGUAUGCCAGUUAAGGUAUCUUUUAGUCCUGGUUAAAUGUGUCCUUUAAGUAGAUACCUACAAAGUGUACACACACACACACACACACACACACACACACACACACAUAUAAAUGUAAAGUUAUUACUGUGUUUAGGAAUUAUCCCUUUUCUUUGUUGACCUUGUGUGUCCGGAGCACAUAGCACGUAGCACAAUCAUUUUGGACCGUGUUCUCAUUACACAUCAGCCGACGAAAGUCCAUUGUCCUCAGUACUGCUGAGUUGGUUUCAUAAUAUAUAGGGACAUCCGAGGCUAACGCUAAUGUUAACAUUAGCAUUGUAGCUAACAUGAGUACUAAGGCUUACGUUAGCACUGUGGCUAAUGCUAUCAUUAACGCUUAUGCAAGCACUUUUGGCUAAUGUCAGUCCUAGCACUUAGGCUAACUAGUACUUGACUGAGUAGACAUUAAGUCAGUGUCUGUAGUUUGGAUUGAAUGACUGUCCAACUUGUAGUGAAUGAAUAUGAGUGAGUAGCAUACUGAAGGAACUGUGGAUGUUCGUUAUCCGAGAGUUGGUUUGUAGAUUUAGUUGUUUACUACAGUUUUAUGGCUGUAUGUGUGUGCACUACAGAUGUUCUGUUUCUAUCCCUUAAUAAACGUGCUAAUGGUGA